AUCAUUUACGUCAAAAUUGAUUUGCGUUAACAGCUGCUUUUUAGCAUGUAAACGAUUAAUUUGAGUUUUUGAUUGUACAUUAAAUGUUUAUUACAUUUCGCGCGCACCAAGAUUCUACUAUUUAAUAAGUUUAAUAACACAAUAUAUUGUGAUUUGAGUGCGGAAAAUAUUUGUGCUUUAAUCAUAUAACUUAGAUUUAAUUUGGCACAAAUCAUGGAAGAAUUCAAAGUUCCUCUUAUGCCACCAAACACAUCAGGCAAAGUGGAAAAACCUCCAGAGGCGCAAGCAAGCGAAGUUAAAGAUGUGGACAAAGAUGAAAUAAAAGAUAUUUCAAAAGCGCCUAAUACCACUAAUACACCAAAUCAAGUUUGUCCUUACAAAGUGCCACCAUGGUCCGAGCCUCCACCCGAAUCUACCAACUAUAAAUUUGAAGUUUUGAAAUCGGGUCAAAUUAUAAGUGAAAUCGAUAAUUUACAAAAGCAAGCGAUUUGGAAGUUUGGGCGAUUACCACCACCAGCCAACGAUCUCGAAUUGGCUCAUCCCACGAUUUCUCGUUUUCAUGCUAUUCUUCAGUACCGCCCCAAAAAGGAACAUUUACCAUCUGACUCAGAGAAAAACACCGAUAAUCCUAGUGCAGAUCCCCCAGAGGGUUGGUAUAUAUACGAUCUUAAUAGUACGCAUGGAACAUUUUUGAAUAAGCAACGUAUACCCCCUCAGGUUUUUAUACGCAUGCGUGUUGGUCAUAUGUUACGCUUAGGUGCCAGCACAAGAUCAUAUAUUUUGCAAGGUCCAGAAGAAGAUUCGGAACCAGAGUCAGAUUUAACUGUAACAGAAUUACGUGAACAACAAAAACAAAAGCAAGCUGCCGCAGAAGCUGAAGCGAUAAGGAAAGCAGCGGAAGCAGAAGAGCAGGAACGAAAUGAGGGCAUCAAUUGGGGUAUGGGGGAAGAUGCAGAUGAGGAAACUGACUUAGCGCAUAAUCCAUUUGCAAGCACAAACAAUGAAGAACUAUUUCUCGAUGAUCCAAAGAAAACUCUUCGGGGCUAUUUCGAACGUGAAGGACUGCAAUUGGAAUACAAAUGCGAUGAAAUGUCUGCCGGAUCGUUUGUUUGCCGCGUAGAACUACCACUUGAUGAUGCAUAUGGCCGCCCCAUUAUAGCUGAAGUUGUGCAUAAAGGUCGCAAAAAGGAGUGUGUUGCGCAAUGUGCUUUGGAAGCUUGCCGAAUUCUAGAUCGACACGGUGUUCUACGUCAAUCAAAUCAAGAACCUUUAAAGAGAAAAGUAAAAUCUCAAGCAGAUUCUGACGAUGACGAUUUUCUUGACAGAACAGGGGAUAUUGAACGAAAAAAGCUGCGAAAAUCAAAUCCUACAACUAAUGUCGCCUUAACAUACGAAGAUUUGCUAAAGAAGGAUUCUGAAUUAGAAGUGGAACUACAAAGAGUUGCGGAGGAUAUUGCGCGUUAUCAAGAAACACAACGACGGCUGAAGGCUUCUCAAUCGGAUAACAGCGAAGAUCUUGAUCACUUUAUGGAAAACUUAACCGAUGACUUUUCUAACCUGGACAAAACGGAAAUACGAAAAUUGCGGUUGGAACAACAACGGCUCAAUAUCGAAAAACAAAAGGUGCAAAGAUUAAUAAAAUUAGCAAAGCCAAUAGAUUUCCAUUUAAAUAUGUCCAACGAAAAGGCGAAGGCUGACUCUGCAAAGAAACAGCUACCCAUGAUUGGAAAACGUAAUCAAUUUAGUAAAUUUAAGAUUGCAAAGAUGGUUACAACUAAUAAGAGCGAAAAGACAAAUAAGACAAAUUUGGCUUCCGAUGAAGAAGAACUGGAGGAGGAUAAUGAAAUCGUUUUGCCACACAGCAGUGUUGUAGCUAAACCUUCUUCGAUAGAAACGGUUGCUUCUGGAGAAGAAGAGCAAAGUAAACAAGUAGCUAUGGUUACGAGAGUUACACAAGCAUCUUCACCAUCCUCAGAUUGUGCUAAAAAGCUGUACGGCCCCGCUGUAGUCGUACCUAUAACCAAAAACGAUAAGGAAGAGGAUGCAUUAGAUGAUACAACUAUAAAAUCAUCCUCAACAGAAUACGCCCAUAUUGAAGAUUAUACAGAAGCAGAGAAUACAAGAAAAAAGCGAAGACAGCGUCAAAGGCAACGUCAAAAGCGGCAAGAAAUUGAUAUGGAGGAGCUCGAGGAACACGAGUCCAGUGAAAAGUAUGCCAAAUGGGUGCCGCCACCUAAUCAAAGUGGUGAUGGUUAUACAGAAUUGAAUGACAAAUAUGGAUACUAGGCUUUUUUAUUUGAACGUAUUGUAUUAUGCAUUUUUAUAAAAAAUUGUAACUACAAUCACAAAUAAUUUAAAUUUAACGAAAAAUUUUAAACAACAAAGAAACGUUAUAUUAAC